GUUUGGAUUGAAGUUAAAAUGCGGAAGUUUCCGCCCAGCAGAGCUCAUGAUACUGUGAAGAUGAGGCUUGCGAUGCCGUCUGUGAUCAGCGCAACUCAGCCCGUCUCUCCGCUGCUCUGUGUGGAGGGAUUUUAAACUUACAUGGCGUCUCUGUCAUCAUCAGAGCGAAGGGCUUUCGCUCUCAAAAUCAACAGACAUUCUUCAGCAGAGAUACGGAGACACUUCAGUGGGGCCAGUCAUGGUUCCCUGCCGCACCAUCGGCACAGUUACAGCGCCUCUGGCUCUUUCUGCUCCAACAUACCUCAGUCAUAUGAAGCGGUUGAGCCGGUGGACCUGGAUGAAUUCCUGAUGUCGCAGCUGCGUGGUGGAGAUGCUGAUCUUAUGCAGGAGCUGGGUGAGUUCCCUGAUGAUGAUCUGGAGGUGGAGCUGGUGGAGAGGGAGUCCAGGACCAUCCGGCCCUCUGUCGCAGAGGAAGGAGUGGAACUGGACCCUCACGUGAGAGACUGUGUUCAGAGUUACAUACAGCCCUGGCUGGUGGUUAGCAGAAGAACUCAGGGAUAUGGGUGGAUCGCGUAUGCAGAGAGGAUGGACGCUAACAAAUUAUUACAGAGACAGAUAUUCGAGUCUGACAUUCAACCUGAUAAACAAGAGCAACCAGAAAAAUCCCCGGCCCUAACAACACUGUGUGAUGAUGGGUCUCGGACCACGCUCACCUGCUCAGACUUCAACCUGCGGGCGCUGCAGCCGGACCGCCGUGUGGAAAGCCUCCUGCGUUUUAGCACCCCGGAGGAACUGGAUCGCUUCAACCAGGAGGGCAGACAAAGCAACCGUCAGCCUGAGCUCUUUGGUCUCUACCCACCUAUAGAUGAGGAGGAUACAAUAGCAAUUCGUCCGAUUCCUGACUGUCCCAGGGAGCAUUUUGGACAGAGGAUCCUAGUGCGAUGUCAGAACAUCAAAUUUGAAAUUGAUAUUGAGCCACUCUUUGGGACAAUGGCCCUUUACGACCUGAAGGAGAAGAAAAAGAUUUCCGAGAACUUCCACUUUGACCUGAACUCUGAUCAGAUGAAGAGCUCCCUGCGCUCCCACACCCCUCACAUCGACACCUCUACUUUGGCCAGAGCUGCGAUUUUCUCCAUCUCUUACCCAUCUCCAGACAUCUACCUUGUCAUUAAGAUUGAGAAAGUUCUUCAGCAGGGAGAGAUUGGAGAUUGUGCUGAACCAUACAUGGUAAUGAAGGACAAUGAAACAGCAAAGCUCUUGCCGCUCUUAUGUAUCCAUCAGAACAGAGAGAAGUUGGAUAAGUUGAAAAAUCAGGCAGAGGGCUUCUGUCAGAGGCUGGGCCGCUACAGGAUGCCGUUUGCCUUCGCCACGGUCAAUAUCAUGAGUGCGAUCAGCUCUACGCUGGAGCGAGACACGGCUGACACAGACAGCCUCAAUGGCAGGGGUUUGGACAAAAAGAGUUUGCCUAGACGUAACUCUGACAGAUUUAGCAUGAUGGAGGAGAGCUACUGUAUAUCUGGCUUUAAACCAACUGUCAGCAUGUGCACAUUCAUCAAGCAGGAAGGAGAACGUUUGAGUGAUGAGGACCUUUUUAAGUUCCUGGGGGACAUCAAGAGAUCUUCCAAUCAGCGGCGUGUUAAGGUCAUACCUGGCUAUCUGAGACUGGAAGUGUCGCCAGUGCCAGAUGUAGUGCCUGGAUGCCUCUCCCCUGAACUGAUUCCUGUGAAGCCCGUGUCUGAGAAACAUCCACGGGCAGUUAAAGAGGUGCUGGAGUUCCCUUCACGUGAAGUUUACGUGCCUCACAAUAUAUAUAGGAACCUGCUGUACGUUUACCCUCUGAGGCUAAAUCUCACAAACCGUUUGACUUCAGCUAGAAACAUUACUGUUAAAAUUCAGUUUAUGAGUGGUGAAGAUCCCAGCUGUGCCAUGCCUGUAAUCCAUGGAAAAUCAAGCGGUCCUGAGCUUCUUCAAGAGAUCUACACCCCUGUCACCUACCACAACCGGUCUCCAGACUUCUAUGAUGAGGUGAAGAUUCGCAUGCCGGCCCGUUUGACAGAGAAACAUCAUCUACUUUUCACCUUCUACCAUAUCAGCUGUCAACAGAAACAGAACCAGGCGGGAAAUUUGGAGACUCUCAUUGGAUAUUCAUGGUUACCCAUAUUGAAUAAUGACAGACUUCAGACGGGGCAACAGUGUCUGCCAAUCGUUCUGGAUAAACUUCCUCUUAACUACUCCAUGCAUUUUCCUGAGAAAUUGCCGCCUCAAGUUCCCCCAGUCAAAUGGAUGGAAAAUCACAAAGGACUGUUUAGCCUUGAGUUAGUCUGUGUGUCCUCAGUCCAAACACAGGACAACCACCUGGAGCGUUUCUUCACUCUGUGUCACGCUCUGGAGGGAAAGUCCACGUUUCCCAUCCGAGUUGGUGAUGAGAAGAUUUCGGAGAACAGGUUUGAGCAUGAGCUGAAGCUGAGCAUCAUCUCGCUGUCCUCCGCGGGACUGGAGCCACUGGUGCUUUUCCUCCAUCAGGUUCUGGACAAACUCUUUCGUCUCAUCAUGCAACCAAUGGUCAUCGCAGGACAGACCGCGAAUCUGUCCCAGAUCGCGUUCGAGUCUGUGGUGUCAGUCGUCAAUAGCCUUCACAACAGUCAGGAGCUGGGGAAGGACCAUCAGGGCAGAAACUGUCUCCUAGCAACAUACCUGUACUUCGUAUUUCGGUUGCCAGACACACAACACGAAAUCCACACCACAGGCCCAGGAGGUCUGAUGGCUCACCCAGAGGCCAGAUACAGCACUCUGACUCGCACCACAGCUACCACGGUAGGCUACAUGUUGCUUCAAUCACGAAUCCGAUCCAGCAGCAAUCCUGAUAUACCCGCACCACAGAGCCCAGAGGACAAUGAGGUCUUGAACAUUCUCGCAAAGGGUUUAAAUCAUCCAGGAGGUCGGACAUCAACAGCAGUAAAUCUCACCAGCGCUUCUCAGAGCUCCAGUGGAAGCACACGACCUGUAAACAAAAAGUUGUUUCAUGAAGAAUUGGCUCUUCAGAUGGUGGUCAGCACUGGGGUGUGCAGGGAGAACGUUUACAAAUACGCCUGGUUCUUCUUCGAACUUCUUGUGAAAAGCAUGUGUCAACACGUGUCUCAGCUGGAUAAGAAGUCAGUCCUUCGCAGGAAUCGUUUCUCGGACCGCUUCAAAGAUGACAUCACCACUAUUGUCAAUGUGGUUACUGCCGAGAUCGGGAACAUUUUAGUAAAACAGCAGAAGGAGCUGGAGCAGGCGGAGAAGGUUAACGUCAGCUUGGCUUUCUUCCUGUAUGACUUGAUGUCUCUUAUGGACCGUGGAUUUGUGUUUCAACUGGUGAAGAAUUACUGCAACCAGAUGGCAGCAAAAAGUGUGAACAUGGCGACUUUGAUCAGCAUGAGGCUGGAGUUUCUCAGAGUCCUGUGCAGUCACGAGCACUACCUCAACCUCAGCUUGUUCUUCAGUAGUCCCACCUCCGCCCCUGCCUCACCUUCUCCCUCCACCUCCUCACAGACCUCCAGCUCUUGCAGUUUUCAGGACAAUAAGAUUGCAGCCAUGUUUGACCUGUCCCAUGACUUUAAGCAGCGCCAUUACCUGACCGGUCUGCUGCUGACCGAACUCAGCACGGCACUGGACAUGGAAUCAGAGGGGGGCAGAGUCCAGCAAAGGGCCAUUAAUGCCACUUACAGCUUAUUAUGCGCUCAUGAUCUGGAUCAACGAUGCUCAAAGCCAGAGGUCAAAGCUAAGAUCGCUGCUCUCUACCUCCCCCUGGUGGCCAUCAUUAUCGACUCCAUCAAUUACCUUGACUUCACAGUUUCUGAUUCGCGUAGCAAAAGCAAGUCGGGUGGGCCCGAGGAUGACCCUGAUAGCGUCACCCCCAUCAAUCAGUCUGUUGCCAUGGCAAUCGCUGGAAAUCCCUUCAGUACCCUUGCCAGAAAUGCACUGCUGUCUAUGACGUCUGUGGCGGGGAAAACCACUAACAUGCUGACAGCAGAGACCAGCCGCAAUCUACUGAUGUGUUUCCUGUGGAUUAUCAAGAACGCUGACCAGAAUCUGAUCCAGCGCUGGACCGUAGAUAUGCCCACCUCUCAGCUGAGCCGCCUGCUGGAACUGCUCACCAUCUGCAUAUCCUGUUUUGAGUACAGGGGAAAACAGAGUUCUGAUAAGGUGAGCACACAGGCCCUACAGAAGUCUCAGCAGGCUAAGGCGCGUCUGGAGGAGGCUCUGUUAGGAGGUAUCGGAGCCAGAGGAGAGAUGAUGAAAAGGGUUGGAGACAGGACGGUGGGUCAUAGAGAGAACCUGCGCUGGAGGAAAGAUCUCACACAGUGGCGCCAGACCAACGACAGACAGGACAAAUCUAAAGCAGAGCUGGAUCAAGAAGCCAUAAUCAGUGGAAACCUGGCCACCGAGACCAACCUCAUAGUCCUUGACCUGCUGGAGAUGAUAGUACAGGCGGUUCCUCUGGCAGACUGUAAGGAUAAUGUGGUUGGUGGAGUACUGAGGGUCCUGCUGCAUUCUCUCACCUGUAAUCAGAGCACCACCUUCCUGUCACACUGUUUCAGCACCUUGCGGGCUCUCAUAGUAAAGUUCGGGGAUUUGCUGUUUGAGGAAGAGGCUGAGCAGUGUGCAGACCUGUGUCAGAAGGUUCUCCAUUACUGCAGCAGCAGUGUGGAUGGCAACAGGAGUCAGGCUUGUGCUACAUUAUACCUGAUCAUGAGAUAUAGCUACAACUCUGCCAGUAAUUUCUCUAGAGUCAAGAUGCAGGUGACGAUGUCUUUGGCCUCAUUGGUUGGAAAGUCUUCAGACAUCCACGAGGAGUAUCUCCGGCGGUCUUUCAGGACUAUUCUUGCGUAUGCAGAAGAGGACACAGAGAUGCAGUCCACACAGCUGCCCUCGCAGGUGGAUGAGCUUUUAAGGAACCUAAAUAGUAUCCUGUCCGAUACAGUAAAGAUGAAAGAGUUUCAGAAAGACCCCGAGAUGCUCAUGGACCUCAUGUAUAGGAUAGCAAAGGGCUACCAGACAUCUCCAGAUCUUCGCCUCACCUGGUUGCAAAACAUGGCAGAGAAGCACAACAUCAAGAAGUGCUUCACCGAAUCAGCCAUGUGUUUGGUCCAUGCCGCGGCCCUGGUGGCUGAAUAUCUGAGCAUGCUGGAGGAUCACAAAUACCUGCCUGUGGGCAGCGUCACAUUUCAAAACAUCUCUCCUAACGUGCUGGAGGAGUCGGCUGUCUCAGACGACAUCUUGUCUCCAGACGAGGACGGGGUUUGCUCGGGACGCUACUUCACGGAAAGUGGCCUUGUAGGGCUUUUGGAACAGGCUGCUGAGCUUUUUAGCAAUGGUGGAUUAUAUGAAGAAGUCAACGAGGUGUACAAGAUAAUCGUACCUAUACUGGAGGCUCACAGAGAUUUCCGGAAACUCGCAUCCACGCACGACAAACUCCAAAGGGCUUUUGAGAACAUCAUUAAUAAGGGUCACAAGAGGAUGUUUGGAACAUACUUCCGUGUGGGAUUUUAUGGUUCUAAAUUUGGAGACUUGGAUGAGCAGGAAUUUAUCUACAAAGAGCCAGGAAUCACCCAUUUACCAGAGAUAUCCCACCGGCUCGAGAAUUUCUACAGUCAGUGUUUUGGAGAUGGAGAUUUGGAAAUGAUUAAAGAUUCAACACCAGUAGACAGAAGCAAGCUGAAUCCGAACAAGGCAUACAUACAGAUUACCUUUGUGGAACCUUUCUUUGAUGACUAUGAGAUGAAGGACCGUCUUACCAACUUUGAGAAGAACUUCAACCUCCGUCGCUUCAUGUACACUACUCCAUUUACGAAGAGUGGGAGACCCCGUGGAGAACUGAAUGAGCAAUACAAGCGGAAAACCAUCCUAACCACAAUGCACGCCUUUCCUUACAUCAAGACGCGAAUCAACGUCAUUCAGAAAGAAGAGUUUGACCUCACACCCAUCGAGGUGGCCAUCGAAGACAUGCAGAAGAAGACGCGAGAGCUCGCCGAAGCCACGCACAGAGAGAAGCCAGAUGCUGUGAUGCUGCAGAUGGUUUUACAGGGAUCGGUCACGGCCACAGUCAAUCAGGGUCCAUUGGAGGUGGCCCAGGUCUUCUUGAAUGAAAUCCCAGCAGACCCCAAGCUCUUCCGUCAUCACAACAAACUGCGUUUGUGUUUCAAAGAGUUCAUAAUGCGGUGUGGAGAGGCUGUGGAGAAGAACAAGCAGCUCAUUACUCCUGAUCAGAAAGAGUAUCAGCACGAGAUGAAGAAAAACUACAACAAACUGAGAGAGAAUCUGAGACCCAUGCUGGAGCGAAAAAUCCCAGAGCUCUAUAAACCCAUCAUCAAAACACGCAUUGAAAACAGUGAAAAAUACAGAGUGGAGCAGACACUGACAACGCGCUGACAUACAGGACAGACCAGAGAUUCCUUCAAACGGCACAGCCUCCGUCGGACACAAGAUGAAAGUUCGUGAUUUGAAGAGAAUGACCUCUCUAGAGAUUAUCAAGGGAAGGAUGUUGCAGUGUGCCAGGAAACAACAGCUCUGUCAGCUGAUAUUUAGAUGACUCGAGCAGAGUUUCAUGCACAGUGUUAAAAACUCCUAAAAAUAUCAUAGAUUGUUAUAUUCUGUAUACUGUAUAUAUGAUUUAAAAUGAUGUACAACUGAAGUUUUAUUGUUUAUUGUUGUCUUUGAACAAAACGCCUCAGCCGGUCAGUUUCCUUUAUAGGUUUGUUUGUUUUUACUUGUUGUCUGAUUAUGGUUCGAAUCUUCCUUAGUAUGUUACAACAUAUUGCAUUCAUAGCUAAAAGGGUUUUGUUACGUGCGACGAAAAAUCGUAUGUUUAUGGAGAGCCAAUCUAAACUAAUGGACUGCAAUAUUUCUAAUUUACUGAAAUGUCAUAUGUGUCAGGUCUUAAUAAAAUUUAACAAAAUGUGUUUUGAGGACAGCUGGAUACAUGAUGGUAAUAAAAUAUAUUUUUUUAUUGUUUACAUAUGUCUAAUAGCAUCAAUCAUUAUUACGUAGUUACAUCGUUUUCUUACAUGUAUUCUGUAAUUGCAGAGAUUUAUGAGAUGGUAUUUUGUAUAUGUAACUUUAUUUUAUUUAUAGAAAAUAUUGGUAACACUUUACAAUAAGGUUCAUUAGUUAAUAUUAGUUAAUGUAUUAACUAACAUUAACAUACCAUGAGCAAUACAUUUGUAACAGUCUUUAUUAAUCUUAAUAAUUAAAUGUUAAUUAAAUUUAAUGUUAAAUAAAGCUGUUUGUUGUUUGUUCAUGUUAGUUCUCAGUGCAUAAACAAGAUUUUAAUAAAGUAUUAGUAAUUGUUGAAAUGAACAUGAACAAAGAUUAAUAAAGGAUGUACAAGUACAGUUCAUUAUAAGUUCAUGUUAACUAAUAUAGUUAACUAAUGAACCUUAUUGUAAGUGUUACCAAAAUAUUUCACUCUCAGCUUAGGUUAUUCCAUUAUUGUGCCCAUUAAUGUGACCAGCGUUAAGAAAAUUCAAGUAAAUCAGGUAUUGUUAAAGUGGAGUACCUGCAAUACGCCCUCAUUUUCUCCUAUCCAUAUCUGUUUUCUAUUAUUUGGAUGUAUAGUAUGAAUGACUGGAAAUUGUUGUUAUGUUAAGUGCCAAAAUCAUUCCCUUGUGUCAUUAAUAAAGUUUAUUUGUUUUAUUCUUCUUA